UCAGUGAGAUUUUGACAUUAAAAUUGUAUUGUAUAGGUGAACGCAUUAUUCUCGUAAAGCUAUGAUUUUACUCUAAAUUACUUCUUAGUUAAAGUAUAUGGUUUAAAUGCAUUGUUUUUAUAUAUUAGUUUAGUAAUAUAUUUCCGAGGCUAAAAUGCCUUCAAUCGAUGUUUUGGCCCCUCCGGGGAUAACACCCGAGAAUCUCCCAGAAGAGCCGCAACCAGCACCUCCAGCGCCAGUUAUAGGCAUUAUUUAUCCUCCACCAGAAGUAAGAAAUAUUGUCGACAAGACUGCAAGCUUCGUUGCUCGUAAUGGACCCGAGUUUGAAGCUCGUAUCAGGCAAAAUGAGCUUGGCAAUCCAAAAUUCAACUUUCUCAAUUCUGGGGAUCCUUACCAUGCUUACUAUCAGCAUAAAGUUAAAGAAAUAAGAGAAGGAAAAGGUACAGAUACAGCGCCACCUUCCAUAGGACCACCUAUUCAACGUCCAGGCCUCGCCCCGGCCACUGCCGCCAGGCAACAGGAGCUUCUCAAGGCAGCAGCCCCAGCUGAGCCAGCUCCCCCUCGCGAUCCACCUCCAGACUUUGAGUUCAUUGCUGACCCACCUUCCAUAUCUGCAUUGGAACUUGAUAUUGUUAAACUAACAGCUCAGUUUGUCGCUCGUAAUGGUCGGCAAUUCUUAACAGACCUGAUGAAGAAAGAAGAGAGAAACCAUCAGUUCGAUUUUCUGCGUCCACAACACUCUCUGUUCCAAUAUUUUACAAGACUCUUAGAGCAGUAUACAAAAGUUCUUUUGCCUCCAAAGGAAUUAGUUUCAAAGCUGAGUGCCGAAAUACGAAGUGGAGUAUUAGAGCAAGUUCGUAGCAGAGCUGCGUGGCACUCUCACCAAGCUAGACGUAAAGCUGCAGAUGAAGCGAGAAUUGAGAAGGAAAGAUUGGCUUAUGCCUCCAUCGACUGGCACGAUUUUGUUGUUGUGGAAACUGUGGAUUAUCCUGCCGGGGAACCUGGAGAUUUUCCCCCACCGACUACACCACUUGAAGUCGGCGCCAGAGUACUAGCACAAGAAAGAGGUGAAGAUAUCACCCAUGGCAAUGAAGAAGAUGAUACGGAGAUGCAAUUGGAGUCCGAAUCAGAAUCGGAGUCAGAUGAAGACCUUGCCGAAAUGGAAGACAGGACGCAACAACAGCAGCGUCCCGAUGAUAACCGAGUUCAAGAUAUGGAAGAAGAAAGUUCUUCUUCCGACGAUGAAGGCCCUCCAGAACCUUUGCGAAGUGGAGAGGAAGCUCCAUUGCCUCCACGACCGGAUCGCGUAGUAGUUAAAAAAUAUGAUCCGAAACGGGCUCGCCCUCAGCCGACGCCAGCUAAUGAAGAAUGGUUAGUGUCUCCCAUUACUGGGGAGAAGAUCCCGGCUAACAAAGUGGCUGAUCACGUGAGGAUAGGUCUGCUGGACCCUCGCUGGCUGGAACAGAGAGACCGAGCGGCGGCUGAGCGUUCUGACCGUGAUGAAGCUUUGGCGCCUGGCGCUGCCAUUGAAGCUUCGCUUAAACAGCUAGCCGAACGUCGUACGGAUAUCUUCGGUGUGGGUGAUGAAGAAACGGCCAUCGGUAAGAAGAUUGGUGAAGAGGAGAAACGUCGCGAUGAGCGGGUAACUUGGGACGGACACACGUCCAGUGUCGAAGCCGCUACAAGAGCUGCCCGGGCCCACAUUACUUUAGAGGAUCAGAUUCAACAGAUACACAAGGUCAAAGGGCUGUUACCUGAUGAGGAGAAAGAGAAGAUAGGACCAAAACCUGUGCCUCCAUCAGCUCGGGGCGCUGUUGCCCCUCGGCCUCCGCCACCGCCGGCGCCCCCUCGUGUCGCAGCGCCUCCCGCUCCUGCCCCUGCUCCCGUCCUCCUCCAGCCCAUUCCACCACUCAUGGUUAUACCACCAUUGGCCCCCCGACCACCGCUCAUACCUACCCCAGUUGGUGCUCCUUAUGGUUACCCGGUUCCUGGAGUACCGGGUGCUGUUGGAGGUGUUCCAGUACCUGGAGCUCCUCCAGAAGAAGAUGAGCCGGCUGCUAAGAGAGCAAGAACCGAGGAUGCUUUGGAGUCGGAACAAGCCUGGCUUGCUGCUCAUCCUGGACCAGUUCCGUUGCAGGUGGCGCUGCCGGCGGCGCCGGAGCGCAGCGAGUGGCGGCUGGACGGGCGCACGCUGCAGCUGUCGCUGCCGCUGGGCGCCGCCGUGGCCGAGCUCAAGAACAUCCUGCAGCGCUCCACCAACAUGCCCACCGCCAAGCAGAAGCUGCACUACGAGGGCUUGUUCUUCAAAGAUACAAAUACAUUGGCGUAUUACAACGUGCCUCCCGGCGCCGUCAUACAGCUGCAAGUGAAGGAGCGCGGUGGAAGGAAGAAAUAACACGUUUAAACUUAUACCAGAUACAAAAAUAUAUCUUUCAAUUUCAAAUUUUUUUUAUUAUCUUGUAGAAGUUUUGGGAAAAAUAAAAUAUUGAAGUGACA